AUGACGUCAUACCUGAUCACCGGAGGACUUGGCUCCUUGGGAUCCGCGAUUGUUAAUCAUCUUUAUAACAACACACAGGCUCACAUUACAGUACUCGACAAUCUUAGUGGACAAUCGGAUAUAACAAAUAUUCCGCAACAUAUCCGAGACUCGGACCGCUUCACGGUGAUCUUCGGUGACGUCAUCAACGAAGAACUCGUCCUGCGCGCAUUGAAAGAGAAUUCGAUCGACACAAUUAUUGAUUGCGUGACGCGUGCACGUAGUGCUAUCGAUCGAUCGCCUGUGAUUGGUGCGCGCAACGCGACGCAAGGUCUUACUCAUGUGCUGGAUGCUGUACGCAAAUAUGGUCACCUAAAACACUAUUUACUGAUCAGCUGUCAGAGCGUCUACGGUACAGCAGCAUGUUUAGAAUCGGCGGCGUUGGCGCCAGUAACUUGGCGCGGAGCAGCGCUAAUGUCCGCGGAGGCGAUGCUACAUUCAUAUGUGAUCUCGUAUCAUCUUCCGUUGGCUACUGUCCGACUUAGCCUCGGGCUAAUUAACGAUAGUUUGGAGGAGAGAAUAAAGGAUGUCGAUAAUGUGAAUUUGCUCACCACAGAAGACGCAAUACGUGGUAUCGUUUCGGCUGCCGAGCAUGCCAAAAAUGCGGAAAUAUGGAAUCUUGCUGGUCCUAACGAUUAUUCUAAGGAUGAAAUAAUCCAGGUCCUAAACGGAAAUACUAUCACACCAUCCGCUUCAGUCUCAUCAAUAUCUCAUGAGAAAACUCAAAAGGAGCUGAAAUUCGAGGCUAAAGAGGAUGUUUUAAGAGCUCUAUCAAGCUUACGCGCGCUCACAACUCCUCCACCUUGCGGUUCCAUCGCUAAAAUUCUCCUCUAUGGCUCGAAGGGUUGGAUCGGUAGACAAUUCGUUCAGUUGUUACAAAAGGAACGUGUGGCGUAUGUGGAAGCGAGCACAAGGCCGGGAACCGAUCCAGACAGUGUUAUCCGAGAGGAAAUUGUUCGAGUUGCACCAACUAAUGUGGUAUCAAUGAUUGGUCGGACACAUGGAGAUGGUGUGAACUCAAUCGCUUAUCUCGAAGGUGGUCCGGAUAAGUUAAAAUUGAAUAUGCGAGACAAUCUCUAUGCUCCAUGGAUACUUGCUAGCCUUUGUGAAAAAAUGAAUAUUCAUUUCACAUAUUUGGGAACCGGUUGUUUAUUUAAAUACAACCGAGAACAUCCAUUGGAUGGACCAGGUUACAAGGAAGAAGACGUUGCUAACUAUGAUGGGACCUCUUAUUCCGUAGUAAAAGGCUUCACCGAUCGUCUUCUCAGACAUUUUGAAAACACCCUACAGUGCAGAAUUCGCCUUCCAGUCAAUUAUGAAGCGGAUAGUCGAAAUCUGGUUGCGAAGUUAAUGACUUUCAAAAAAGUGCUCGACAUCCCGAAUUCGAUUACCGUCCUCCCGGAUUGUUUGCCAAUUUUGCUCGAUUUGGCUCUGCGGAGAGAAACUGGCAUUAUCAAUUUGGUGAAUCCAGGCGCUAUCCGUUUUCCGGAAAUCUCCGAAAUGUACCGUAAGAUGCUGAAUCCAGACUGGGAAUAUGAAGUGCUAGCUGCUGAUCCAGACUCCGAGCUCGUCACAACUCGAUCACAUUGUCGCCUCAGCACGAAAAAAUUGGAAUCCAUGUAUCCAGAUUUGCGAUCUGCUCGUGAAGGUGUUGCUCAAGCUAUAGAACAGAUCGCUCAUGCAAAAGGUUUACGCGCUAUUGCACAAGCCUGA